UGCCAUUGUCGCCCCUAAUCCGCCUUGGACCCCUUCUCCUUCUCUCUCGACACUUAAUCUUCCUGGGGAAAAGGAAAGGGGUGGGUUCACAAUUAAAAAGAGGAACAUUUUAGAGCCAAUUAUUAAUAACAAAAUUAAAAAGAGAAAUUAAGUGAAUUAGCACUCUCUGUCGGAGGGGCUGGGGGUGGGCCCUGUCUCCUCCGACCGGCCGGAAUCCAUUAAAUUAAAUUAAAUUAAUUGAUGGCGCCCUCUCCGGAGUCUUCUCCGUCGUCGUCGGCCAACUCCACCUCCACCUCCACAUCAUCGCCGCCGCCGUCGUCAUCCAAAUCACCCCCACCUCCGGCCUCCCCAUCGCCACCACCACCGCCGUCAUCGACAAAAUCAGCACCCGCCGAGUCCACUACACCACCUACGAAAUCAUCGUCCUCGUCCUCGUCGAAAUCGACGCAUUCACCGCCACCGACGAGGAAGAGCUCGGGAUCAGUCUCUCGGCAGAGGUCUGGGAGAGAGGCGGAAGUGAUCGGCGGCAUUGUGAUCGGGGUGGUGGCGUUCGCGCUGGUGCUUUCCAUCGUGUUGUGCUGCAGGAAGAGGAAGAAGCGACCGCCGCCGCCUCCGUUGAACAUGCCCUUCUUCACCGACGAGAAGGGCAACGUGUACUACCCCAACGGCGGGCUGCCUCCCAUGUGGCAGCAGCACGGCAGCAACAGCAGCAUCCCUCCGCCGCCGCAGGGCUGGCACAUGCACGGCGGCGGGAACUCGCUGUCGCAUCAUCCGGCAGCGCCCCUGAGCGGCGACAUGAGCGGGCCGUACUCGUCGGGCCCCUACGGUCCGCCGCUCCCGCCGCCGUCGCCGAACGUGGCGCUGGGGUUCUCCAAGAGCUCGUUCUCGUACGAGGAGCUGGCGGCGGCGACGUCGGGGUUCUCGUCGGCGAACCUCCUGGGGCAGGGCGGGUUCGGGUACGUGUACAAGGGGGUGCUCGCCGGCAGCGGGAAGGAGGUGGCGGUGAAGCAGCUGAAGUCCGGCAGCGGGCAGGGCGAGCGGGAGUUCCAGGCGGAGGUGGAGAUCAUCAGCCGCGUGCACCACCGGCACCUGGUGUCGCUGGUCGGCUACUGCAUCGCCGGCAACCAGCGGAUGCUGGUGUACGAGUUCGUGGCGAACAACACGCUGGAGCACCACCUGUACGGGCAUGGCGGGCUGGACUGGGCGACGCGGCACAAGAUCGCCCUUGGGUCGGCCAAGGGGCUCGCGUACCUCCACGAGGACUGCCACCCGCGCAUCAUCCACCGCGACAUCAAGGCCGCCAACAUCCUCCUGGACGCCAACUUCGAAGCCAUGGUCGCCGACUUCGGGCUGGCGAAGCUGACGACGGACACCAACACCCACGUGUCGACGCGCGUGAUGGGCACCUUCGGCUACCUGGCGCCGGAGUACGCGUCGAGCGGGAAGCUGACGGAGAAGUCGGACGUGUUCUCCUUCGGCGUGAUGCUGCUGGAGCUGGUGACCGGGCGGCGCCCCAUCGACACGUCCAACAUGAUGGAGGACAGCCUGGUGGAGUGGGCGCGGCCGGUGCUGGGGCGGGCGCUGGGCCUGGGCGGCAACGACGACGGGGCGGCGCUGGCGGCGCUGGUGGACGGGCGGCUGGGCGGGGAGUACUCGGCGGUGGAGGUGGAGCGGAUGGCGGCGUGCGCGGCGGCGAGCAUCCGGCACUCGGCGCGGCGGCGGCCGAAGAUGAGCCAGAUCGUGCGGGCGCUGGAGGGGGACGCGUCGCUGGAGGACCUGCACCCGCACGAGAAGCCCGGGCAGAGCGGCAUCUUCUCCUCCGGCUCCGUCGACAUCUCCCGCCACCGCCAGCUCGCCUUCGACACCGACGACUACACCGACGACGACUACUUCACGCACACCUCCCACCGCUAGCUCUCUUCUCUUCUCUAUUAACCCAUUCCAUUUUCUUCAAUUACCCCAGCUGAUCUGCUCACUAGCUUGGGCUUCGAGUAAGUAAUUAAUUAAUGGCCUGGGCAAAUAUCAAAGGAAUACAUUUGCUCCACUUUUCUUUUUAUGAUGAAAUGUGGGCGUCUGUAUGUAUGUAUACUAGCUCCACAUAUGUAUAGUCAAUUGAUUGAAUUUACCUGGUUGUGUACCUUUACAUACAUAAUUAAGACAUAAUACUGUAAUAUUAGUACAUUUUUGGAAGGAUGCAUGCAUCAGAAUCAGACAUACUAAUCUAGAUUGAUCGGCCGGUUAACUCUU